AUGGCUAGCACCACAACUCACUGCCUCCAACUCCCCGGCGCCACCGCGUCGAAUCACCGGAGAACAUCCAUUUCAUGUAAGAAGAAAUCGGACAAGACUGCAUUCAAGGGAACAAAAGAAGGCUUCGUGGACUACGACCAAGGCCAGCACGAGGUCUCCAUCAAAAUAUCCGGCCUCCGCAAGGACAACAUCGCCACCCGCUACCGCCUCCGUGUGACCGGUAACCGCUUCCAGAAGGACUGGACGGUGUCCGAAGUCGCCGAACUCGUUCUCUCCCUCGACCUCUCCGACGACAUCGACGGCGUACUCAACCAUUGGAUAGGCCGAUUUGCACGCAAGAAUUUCCCCUAUCUCAUUAAGGAGUUGACGCAGCGGGGGUCCAUUGAACACUGUAACCGCGUCUUCCGGUGGAUGAAGUUACAGAGGAACUACCGUGCGCGCAAUGAUAUAUACAACAUGAUGAUUAGGUUGCACGCUCGACACCAUCGAACGGACCAUGCGCGUGGAUUGUUUUUCGAGAUGCAGGAAUGGAGGUGUAAACCGGAUGUUGAGACUUAUAAUGCUCUUAUCAACGCACAUGGUCGAGCUGGACAGUGGCGUUGGGCUUUGAAUAUCAUGGAUGACAUGCUGCGUGCAGCUAUUCCACCGAGUAGGUACACUUAUAACAACUUGAUAAAUGCUUGUGGAUCUAGUGGGAAUUGGAAAGAAGCACUUAAGGUUUCCAAGAAAAUGACAGACAACGGUGUUGGGCCUGAUCUUGUUACUCACAAUAUUAUUCUAUCAGCAUUUAAAAGUGGGGCUCAGUAUUCAAAAGCUUUGUCUUAUUUUGAAUUAAUGAAGGGAACUCAUAUUCGUCCUGACACAACUACACUAAAUAUUGUUAUCCAUUGUCUAGUAAAGCUUGGACAAUAUGACAAAGCUAUGGAUAUUUUUAAUUCCAUGAGGGAGAAGAAGUCAGAAUGUACCCCUGAUGCUGUUACAUUCACUAGUAUCAUUCACUUGUAUUCUGUGUGUGGGCAAGUUAAAAAUUGUGAGGCUACAUUCAAUAUGAUGCUUGCAGAAGGGCUGAAGCCUAAUAUAGUCUCAUACAAUGUAUUAAUAGGUGCAUACGCUGCUUGUGGGAUGGACAAUGAGGCACUUUUGGUUUUCAAUGAGAUAAAAGAAAAUGGUUUCCGCCCUGAUGUUGUAUCUUAUACAUCUCUCCUAAGUGCGUAUGGAAGGUCACAAAAGCCCCAAAAAGCAAGGGAAAUAUUUGAUGUUAUGAAGAGAAACAAGUUGAAGCCAAACCUUGUCAGUUACAAUUCAUUGAUUGAUGCCUAUGGAUCUAGUGGUUUGCUGACAGAUGCAAUUGAAAUUUUGCGAGAAAUGGAACAAGAUGGAAUUCAGCCAAAUGUUGUCUCCAUAUGCACCCUCUUGGCUGCCUGUGGACGAUGCAGUCGGAAGGUGAAGAUUGACACAGUUCUAACAGCAGCUAAGAUGCGAGGAAUUAAAUUAAACACAGUUGCAUACAAUUCAGCUAUAGGAAGUUAUAUGAGUAUAGGGGAAUAUGAUAAAGCUGUAGACAUGUAUAAAUCUAUGAGGAAGAAAAAAAUUAAAACUGAUUCUGUUACUUACACUGUGUUGAUAAGUGGUUGUUGUAAGAUGUCAAAAUAUGGUGAAGCCCUAUCUUUUAUGGAAGAAAUGAUGCAUCUAAAACUUCCUUUGUCCAAAGAAGCCUACUCUUCUGUCAUAUGUGCCUAUAGCAAACAGGGCCAAAUCAUAGAAGCAGAAUCUACAUUCAACUUGAUGAAAUCAUCUGGUUGUUACCCUGAUGUCGUUACAUACACCUCCAUGCUUGAUGCUUACAAUGCAGCUGGGAAUUGGGAAAAAGCUUAUGCACUCUUUGAAGAAAUGGAAUCAAGUGGCAUCAAGCUAGAUACUAUUGCCUGUGCAGCUCUAAUGAGAUCUUUUAAUAAAGGUGGUCAACCGGGAAGGGUUCUCAGUCUUGCACAAAGUAUGAGGGAGAAUGAAAUUCCUUUCAGUGAUACCAUAUUUUUUGAAAUGGUAUCUGCCUGUAGCAUAUUACAAGAUUGGAGGACGGCUGCUGAUAUGAUCAAGUACAUAGAGCCCUCACUUCCUGUAAUUUCAUCCGGAUGUUUGAAUCAGUUCCUUCAUUCUUUAGGAAAAAGCGGAAAGAUUGAAACUAUGUUGAAGUUAUUCUUCAAAAUGUUGGCAUCAGGUACUGAUGUUAACUUAAACACUUACUCUAUUUUAUUGAAGAACCUUUUAUCAUCUGGAAAUUGGAGGAAGUAUUUAGAGGUAUUGCAAUGGAUGGAGGAUUCUGGAAUUCAUCCAUCAAAUGAAAUGUACCAUGAUAUAUACUCCUUUUCUCAAAAAUGCUGUGGGCGCGAAAAUGCUGCUGUCAUAAAAGAAAGACUUGAAUCCUUGAAAAGAAAAUCUGGGGAUCAAAUUUCUGCCAGCCAACCAUGUGAAACUCCUGUUCUUAGUUGA